AGAAAAAAAAAAAAAAACCUGUUUCCCUCUCUCUCUCUCUCUCUCUCUCUUCUGCAACUCCCUGUCGUAAUCAUCGUCAUCGCCUUCAUCACGAUUUCCACUGUUUCUUUCCCCUCUACCUCAACGGCCGAGAGAAGAGGAAAAGGAGGCGCCAAAACCCCAACAAAAAAGCAUCAAGAGGCUCUUAAAUCUCUUCCGCCUCCCACAGGAAUCGUGCAUUCUCUCUUUCUCUCCCUUGGAUUACAGAGCAGAAAGUGAAGAUACCAUUUUGCUGGCGUCUCCAGAAUGAGCUAGAAUCCCUGAGGGGGCGGGGUGGGAGUUUGUUUUUCUUUUUUGGUGGGUGAGAGAUGGGUUCGUUUCUGGAGUCGACUGAUGGUGUGGUGGAGGAGAUCAUGAGAAUUCACCGGUCGCUGCCGGUGAGGCCCGGCUUGGACGAGGUGGAGGCCGCCAUGGCCGUUGUUCGGAACGUGGAUAAGGAGGAGCAGAUGAGGCUUGAGGCCAUCUCCAAGCAGAGGAAGGGGCAAGAGGUCCCCGAAGAACUCUUCUUCGUGCUGCAGGAGAUGCAGAGGAACCUCGUGUUCCUGCAGAGCAAGCAGCAGAAGAGGGAAGCCCUCGCGGUUCUCGAUCUCGAGAGAUCUCACAUCCUCUUCGACGACCUGGUCCAGCGGGCUUCCAGAUGCCUGCCCAAUUCCGCUGACCGUGGUGGCGGUGGCAGUACCGGUGCCUCAUCCACUCAAGCCGUGAGUCCGCUGGACGUUGUCGCCAUGGGCGUUGCUUCGUCAUCGUCAUCUUCGUCGAUUCCUUCGGUCCGGACCAACAAUAUCUCUUCAGGCAAGACAUCGAUCUCCGGGCGGUCGGAGCUGCUGUUUCAGACGAGGGACGACAGCUUCGUCAAAACGGCGAAGAGCUCCCCGUUCGUCGAUGGGAUUGUCUCCGUUGAAGCUCCAACGCUACGGAAUUCGGCACUCACGAUACAGCCGCCUUCUAGUGAUGGUGGCGAGAAGUUGAGCCUGAUAAAACUUGCAAGCUUAAUUGAGGUUUCUUCAAAGAAAGGCACCAAGGACCUUGAUCUUCAAGGCAAAUUGAAUGACGUGAUUGAUUGGCUGCCUGACUCCUUGGGGAAGCUCUCAACCUUGUUGACUCUAAAUUUGUCCGAGAAUAGGAUUAUUGCACUUCCGACCACGAUUGGGGGAUUAUCUUCCUUAACCAAGUUAGAUCUCCACUCAAACAGGAUUGCUAGUCUUCCAGAAUCCAUAGGUGACCUGCUUAGUCUAGUGGACCUGGAUUUGCAUGGAAAUCAGUUAUCUACAUUACCGCCUUCAAUUGGGAAGUUAUCAUGCCUGGUGAACCUUGAUCUUAGCUCUAACCAGUUGACGUUCUUACCUGAUACAAUAGGAAAGCUUAUUCGCUUGAAAAAAUUGAGCAUUGAAACCAAUGAGAUAGAGGAGCUACCGUUUACCAUUGGUCAAUGUAGUUCGCUUGUUGAGCUUCAUGCUGAUUUCAACCAACUCAAAGCCCUGCCGGAAGCAAUUGGAAAGCUUGAGUCUUUGGAGAUCUUAACCUUGCACUAUAACAAGAUAAAAGGAUUACCAACUACUAUGGCAUCACUUUCAAAGCUGAAGGAACUUGAUGUCAGCUUCAAUGAACUUGAAUCAGUUCCUGAAAGCUUGUGCCUGUCGACCAGCAUUGUGAAGCUAAACCUUGGAAACAAUUUUGCUGAUUUACAAUAUUUGCCAAAAUCAAUUGGCAACCUUGAGAUGCUGGAAGAAUUGGAUAUCAGCAAUGACCAAAUAAGAGUUCUCCCUGACUCAUUUUCAAUGUUAUCCAAACUAAAGAUUCUUAAUGCCGAUGGAACACCGUUGGAGGUACCACCUAGGCAUGUGUGUGACAAAGGCGCUCAGGCUGUUGUGCAAUACAUGGCUGAACUUGUUACGAAUAGGGAAGCUAAAACACAAGUAGUUAAGCAGAAGAAAAGUUGGGUUCAAUUUUGUUUUUUCUCUAGGACUAACAAGAGAAAGCAUGAUGGUUUAGACUAUGAGAAAGCUUGAAUUGGAACUUAAAGGCAUUGCUGAAAUGGUGCUUCAUGUGCUGCAGAUGAACCUUAACUGUCCAUGUAUGCAUGGACAAAUGGAGCUAUUGAUAUGAGAAGAAAGUCUUAUGCCACUACGUACAUGUUAGGUUUCUGCUACCCUAUCUCAUCUCGUUAAUCUCUCUGCUUCUCUCUCUCGCUGUUUGUCUGUCUGUCUGUCUCUGUCUCUCUCUCCCUUUUCUCCUUUUAAUCUGAUCAUCAUAUUGUUUCCAUCCAGUACUUGCACUAUAUGUAUCAAUUAAUUGAGAGGGAAGUUUUGUGGUUCAAAAUUCUCUCCAUUGAAUAAGAUGCAGGCUGGUUGCUGUAUAACCACUUACCUAUAUCCUUCAGAGCUUGUUUAUAGUAUUAUGGGUUGUGUGGUUCUUCUUCCUUAAAUCAUGGUUUGGCGAGCUAUCAAGGACAUCAAAACAUUUGGUGGUUAUUAAUCAGGAUUUGAGGAAAGUGGGAGCCAUAUGGUUAGGAUGCUGACAAUCAUUCUCUAUUAUCAUGUGAUCCUUUCACAUAAGAUGAUAUAGUCUUGUAGUGGUUAAAAACACAGUCCAAUCUGUAAUGAUUCUUUUCAUUUUUUAGAUCCUGUUUCUGAAUAAAUUGUAUUGUCGAUAAGGAUUAAUUAUAUUUUAUUAAAUGUGUAAGGAUGGUUGCUGCCUCUCAUAUUUCCCUUCAGCCACUGACAUGUAUCUGUCCAUAAAUGCAAUAUGCAGAUUGUCAAUGCUAUUAAAUUCAUAUUCAGUUUGGACUCGGUCA